AUGUCGUCUCCGCCACGGACGCCUACCCACAGGGGGUCCUCAUCUCACCGCCGGCCGCCCUCCAGCCUAGACAUGUCUCAGUCCAGACGACAGUCAUUUAACCGCCCCUCCUCCACAUCCGGCUAUUCGCCCGUCACACCGCGUUCGUCGCGCGAUUUCGAUAAUGGUAGUCCGGCGCAACGAUUCGGCGGGGGUAGGGGCAAUGGUGGGGGGCUGGGCAAUCUUGCAGACGAACUCGGCGAAUGGGGCAGCGACGACGAGGAGAUGGACAGCGAAUUUGGAGAGGAGCUGGAUCAUACACAGGAAGGGCCAGUAGAUAUUGGCACAGCUGUCGAGCACGACGGCUCAACAGGUGGUCAAGGUGCUAUAAAUCCGGAUGGAGUGCGGGAUAGCGGGGUUGCGUUGCAAAGCUCGCCAUCGACACAAUCUAGGGCAACACUGAGCCCGGGUGCAGCGAUCAAGACGAAGAAACACAGCAGGCAGCGGUCGCUGUACGAUGGGUCGGAUUACGGGGACGAUUCGGAUUUGGACAACGAAGGUGUCACGCCGGCCCUUGAAGCGCGCAUGGCCGCGAUCGAGAGCAUGGCACGAAGAGGCAUGGAGGAGAAUGGCAGUGCUUCUGACGAAGUAGUCAAGCGCGUCACCGAACGUCUACGAGAUUUGGGGAGCCAACUUGCGGUCGAGAACGGUGCAACACGCCUUAAAACCGCCCACGACUCUCUAACGACCCACCUCACCCACCAAUCGCGCGUCCUUACCUCCCUCACUGCAUCAUUCACUGGCCCCCGCGCCAUAAUACCCUCACCAGAGGCGAUCGAAGAGCUCCUGCCGCUCGUUGAACAAACGCUUCAGUCCCUCCCACAUAGCUCUACCGAACCUUUGGUCCAACUCUCGCACCUCACACUCUCGACCCGCGAACUCCUGCAGCACCUCUCCAACGUUAGCGACACAUUGCACAUGUCGCGCCAGACAACUACGAACGCAUCACGUCGCUUGCGAACAAGCAAAGAGCAAUUGCACGAGUGGAAGCGCGAGUCUGAACGUACAGUCGAAGGACGAGAAUUCAUCGAGCGUGGCGACUGGGACAGGCGUCUGCGCGAGCGAGAGGCAAAGCGAGCUUGCGGCGAAGUAAUGGAGGGCUUCGAAGAAGCCUGUGGACUGUGGCGGAAGCGGUUGUGCGAGGGACUGGGCGUGGCCAGUGCGUAG